GUCGCGGUUCGAGUAGAAAAUCGUGUUAGCUUACGGUCUAUGUAAAAAUAUAUGUAUGUAGCCAAACACAAAUUGUGAUAAGUGAUUAUUUCCUGAUAAGCUGCUUUUUAAACGUAUUGUGUUGUUGCCAAAUUCUUUGAUUACAAGUUGGAUUGUUGCUAUAUAUGUAAUAUUAUAAUAGAAUAUUGUAAGAUAUGAAGAAUUCUAGUACCAAGAACAAAUAGAUUAGAGAACUGCUGAUUAAAUCAUUCAUUAUCAAUAUAGCGGAGAGGUCAAGGGCUACAUCAAGAAAACUAAACACAAGAUAGUGGGGAUAACUCUAAUUACUUUUCAACAGAUAUUUCUAAAUAACCAAAAAUUUAACCGUUUAGAAAUGUGAACAGUGUUUGUGAGUGUGGAUAGUUGUAAAAAUGUUCGGUUUCACAAAUUCUUAUUCUAUCUUGUACCUACUGUUUACCAUUUCGCUGGGACUUUGCUAUGGAUUUGUGCUACUGUCCUCUGCAGCGGGUGAUUUUAAUGAAGUUAACGUUUUCGAAAAAGGCGUUUCUUUCAAAUACAAGCUACAAAGUACCGUAUUGUUAAAUGAGAAGGGCCUUCGUGGGAAAAGUGUGGGAUUUUUCAUCGAUGGAGAACUUACUGUAGACUCGGUAUGGGAAAAUGGAGAUCACAAGCUGUUACGAAUGGAGUUGAAAUCUCCUAAACUUCAUAUUCGCUCGAGAAAGGCUCCUGCUCCAGAUGGAUUCAUUCCUCAUUCCUCCAAAUUGGACAGUAUCGAAAACAAACCGUUUUUGAUAGAUUGGAACAAGGGAAAAAUCAGUAAAAUCUUCCUGUCAAAAAGUGAGCCAGUUUCAUUAAAAAACGUUAAAAAAGGCAUAGCAAGUUUAUUCCAGUUUCAGCUUCUCGACGGAGACUUGACCGAAGUAGAUUCUUCGGGAACAUGCACAACAUCUUACUCUUCUUCCUCUCCAAGUAAAUUUUCAAAGAUUAAAACUAACUGCAAAUCUGAUGACUUACCAUAUACACAAAAUAAACAUAACAUGUUAGGAGUGGAAGUAGAAUCAAGUCGAAUCACAGAAUACGAAUUAGGUUCAAAUGCCUUUGAAAUAAAAUCUAUAACGUCUAAAGACAGUCACAUUGCUUAUUUGGCAGCUAGAGAAGAAAUGGGCAACCACAUUGAAUCAGAACAGACUAUAACUUUAACAGAUACAAGUACAUCAAAAUCCUUUGAAGGGAUCAACAUUGAAGAAGUUGUUGAAAAAAUAGGCAAAACGUCUGGUAUUAGCUUUAAUCAAGAAACCUUAUUGACCGAAAAGGAACCAGUUACAUCUGAGGAGAUCAUAAGUUUUACCAAAACAAUUGAGAACCUCAGGAAUCAAUUAAAAAAUGAGAAUAUCGGAACUCUAAAACAGGCCAAAGCUCACAUUGAAGCAGUUAAUGCUGGAAGAUUAGCGAAAAAGGAAGACAUUUUGAAAGCUCUUUCAUCGAAAAAGAAUAAAAAUAUACUGUCUCAGCUCUAUGACAUCUUAGGUUACGUACAAACUCAAGAUUCACACGAAGCUGUAAUGAAGAACCUACAUUUCGAUAAUGAAAAUCAGAUAGAUUUUAGUGAACGAUACCUGUGGGCCCUGUCAUUUUCGCCGCAACCUAAUCCAGAUAUUAUUAAAGAUAUCUUGAAAAAGUAUACAAAAACUGUUAACAUUCCAGAAAAAGUUAAGGAAACGAUGAUAUUGACAAUAGCGUCGAUGACUCACAAAUUGACUAAAGCCUCAACUAAUGACAUUAGAUUUAGUUUAGUUCGAGAUGUAGAAGAAACAAUACUCAACGACUUAGACUAUGCCAAAGACGAAGACAAAUUUAAAUACUUUAGGGCUCUAAAGAAUUUAAAAUCCCAAUCAACAAUUCCAACACUAUUAAAAUAUAUUAAAAGUGGAACCCAAAAAGAAGGUGUCCUUGCUUGGAAUGCCAUCAAAUCAUUCGGUUCGUCUUUUUGGAAUGAAGAAGUUUUAAAAUCAGCGGACAAAUCAUUUUUCCAACUGGACAGAAAGUACGAUUCUAGUUCUAGAACUAUAGCAGGCGAUAUUCUUCUAGAAUCUCAACCAAGCGAUGAAGUACUUACGAACUUGUUAAAUUUCUUAACCACCAAUGAUACAGCUUAUGAAGUUAAACAAUACAUCUACCAAAGGAUAAAAAUGAUUUCGGAAUCUGACAAAUCUUUUAAAUCUAGAGUUGAACAAAUAAUUAAAAGCAAUAAAUAUUUAAAUAACUAUUCUGGGUUAUCUCCAAGAGGCUUGUCGACUGCUUUGAGCCGAAAGUUCUUAACGCAUCCUUCAGUUAAUGGGAGUCUGGUGACUUUGCAGGAAAUGAAGUCUGGUAUUGCUAAAAGGGGUACUAUUGAUAUAGUUCUCCAAAAAGGUGAUAUUUCUGAUGAACUGUUCAGCUUGGGAAUAUUCUCCGGAGGUCUUAGCAGCUUCAUAUCUAGCGACAAUGAAGGUGAAGAAACUGAAGAGGAAAGUGCUACUGCCGGAAUUGAAUUGACUGUUUUAGAUACUCAAAUUAGACCAUUUGUAUUCUUUAGUGGUCAAGGUGAACUUAUGGGACAUGUCUGGUCGGGUACAGCUUCAGAUAAAACUCCUGCAUUCCAGGUUUUAGCUUUACUACAUGACCAUUUAGAAUAUAUACGACUAGGAUCUGGGUAUAUUGCUGCGAUUAACUUUAAAGGGUCCACAUCUUUUGACUUAUCAGGCAAAAUAGAAAUAUCUCUUUGGAAUAGAAAUGCGGAAUCGUUGGUACAGAAAUCAGCAGGAGUAAUUAUACUGGGCUCAAGCACUAUUGAUACCGUAUUUGUGAAAUCCCAAGCUGAAUUUACAGCUUCGAUAGAAUACAGGUUGGAUCUGCAGACCGAUAUAGAUUUCUCGUCAGGUGCCCAAUUAUGUAUGAGACUGACUCAACCAGACACGUUAUUUAGGCACAAUAUUCACAAAGUGGAAAGGAUUCCAGGAAGUAAACACAAGAUGAGGAUAUCUAGAUACCAAAAAUAUGUCGUUCCCGGCACAACAUAUGCACUAAACAAGAAAAAUACUGAAAUGUGUAACGCAAUAUUUAGCUGACGAAACUAAUUUUGAAUUCUUUCAUGAAUAUAUGAACCAAUUAUAAGAGCUGUGGUGUAAAAAGACUUUAGUUUUUAAAAUCUGAUCUAAAAAGACCAUGUAAAUAUUUUAUAUUAUAUAAAUGAAGAUUUAAA